AAGCACCAAAGAGGCUGGCUGCUACAUCGGCUUAAACAGUCUUGGUUGGCUUCCUCCGCCCAAACCCUACACCAGGGUUUUGCGGUUUAUCACCCCAAAUAGUAAACCCGCUACUGAGAUCUCGUGGCCCUUUCUCAUACGCACCAAAACUCAUGGCACCAUCGCCACCACAACCCCCUUCUUCAACAACAUCGCCAAAAUGAAGCUUUUCCAUAACAAAUUCAUCGACAAAAACCUUCUUCCAAUCACAUCUGCCUCUUAAUGGAUUUAAAGAGGCUCAGAAUCUCCAAAUUCUCACCCUUAAAGAGGAACCCCUUUCAAUCAGCCUCUACCCAGCAUAACCAUUCAAAGCCAUCGCCCAAAAAAACCCCAUUGCAGCUUGAGAAUCAGGAUUUGAUCAAACGGGUAACUUCAAUUCUAUCAAACCCAUCUUUAGAUUCGUCUAAAUGUAAAGAUAUAGUCACACAUUUGUCUCCACAGCAGUUCGAUUGUGUUUUCUGCGAUAUUAGGUAUUCUGUGAAACCACGAACCGCAUUGAAUUUCUUUUACUUUGCUUCCAGGUCUUGCGGAUUUAAAUUCAGUAUUAAGUCGUAUUGUUUGUUGAUUCAUUUGCUUGUUGGUUCAAAACUGGAAUCCCCAGCUAGAUUACUUUUGAUUCAAUUGAUCGACGAUAAACUCCCUGUGUUGCUUCAUGAUCCCAAAACCAAACACAUCGAAAUUGCCACUUUAUUUAUGGAAUUCCAUUUCACAUCAGACGCCCUCCCCCUUCCAACAUUUGAUUUGUUGAUUCAUGUUUAUUGUACCCAAUUCAAAGCUUUUGGCCUCCUUCCUGCUUCAGAUAUAGUCCAGUUAAUAGCUGAAAAGCACUUGUUUCCAUCAUUAAACACUUGUAAUUUUCUCUUGACUUCUCUCGUGAAGUCAAACCUCCUUCAAAAAGCCCAUGAGAUCUUCAACAUUUUACGUAGAGGUGUUCAACCAGAUGUCUAUCUCUUUACAACAGCCAUUAACGCCCUUUGUAAAGACCACAAAAUCAAAGAAGCCAUGGCCAUAUUCUCACAAAUGGAGGAAAUUGGUGUUUCCCCAAAUGUUGUAACUUACAAUAACAUCAUUCAUGGUCUUUGCAAGAAUCAGAACUUACAAGAAGCUUUUCACCUCAAAGAAAAGAUGAUCAAGAAAGGUGUAACUCCUAGUCUUAAUACAUAUAGUGUUCUUCUCAACGGGUUAUUGAAAGCUCAAAACUACAAUGAAGCUCAGAGUGUUUUAACUGAAAUGACCUCCAAUGGUUUUCUCCCAAAUGAGGUUGUUUAUAAUACUUUGAUAGAUGGAUACUGUACACAAGGUGACAUGAAGAAAGCAAUUGAAAUUAGAAAUGACAUGUCAUCAAAGGGAUUGAAUCCAAAUUCUGUCACUUUCAAUACUCUCAUCAAGGGAUUUUGCAAUAGUAAUCAAUUUGAAGAAGCUGAAAAGCUUGUGGAGGAAAUGCUAUCGAUUAGUUUAACAAUAAACGCGGGUUCUUUUACUUCGAUUAUUCAUUGGCUUUGUAAGCUUUCAAAAAUGGAUUCUGCUCUUCGAUAUGUUCAUGAAAUGUUGUUAAGAGAUUUAAAGCCAAAUGAUAAGUUGUUGACUAUGAUAAUUACUGGUCUUUGUAAUCAAGGUAAACAUUCAGAAGCAGUUAAUCUUUGGUUUAAACUACUUGAAAAAUGUUUUUUUCCAAAUAUAAUAACAUCAAAUGCCCUUAUUCAUGGUCUUUGUGAAUCUUCAAAUGCAAAAGAGGUUAUAAAGAUUCUUAAAGAGAUGUUACAAAAAGGGUUACAUUUUGAUAGAUCUACAUACAACAUUUUGAUCUCAUGGCAUUGCAAAGAGGGGAGAUUCGAUGAAGGUUUUCAAUUGAGUGAAGAGAUGGGUAAAAAAGGAAUUUCACCGGAUAUUUCGACUUUCACUUCGUUGAUAAACGGGUUGUGUCAAAAGGGUAAGAUGGAUGAAGCUUUGAUGCUUUUUGAGAAGUGUAAAACUAAAGAUUUGACUCCUGAUGUUUCUACAUAUGGAGUUAUCAUCGAAGGGUUUUGUAAAUGUGAUCAAGUCGAAAAGGGAAAAGAUCUUUUUAACAAGAUAGUCAACGAGAAAAUGGAAGUCAACUCUUUUAUCUAUAAUUCUCUUAUUAGAGGAUACACAAGAAUGGGUGAUAUGAAAGAGGCGAUUAGGGUUUGUAAUGAGAUGAAAAGUAAAGGAAUUCAACCGACUUCUGAAACUUAUUCUUCUUUAAUCGAUGGACACUGCAAAAUCGGAUGUGUUGAAGAUGCAAAGCUUAUGAUUGAUGAAAUGAGGGAAUUUGGUUUAUCACCAAAUGUUGUGUGUUAUACUGCUUUAAUCAAUGGGUAUUGUAAGAUUGGGGAGAUGGAUAAAGUGGAAGCAAUUUUGGGGGAAAUGUGUUCAUAUGGGAUAAACGCUAAUAAAAUCACGUAUACAGUUAUGAUGGAUGGGUAUUGCAGACUUGGUGAAACAGAUGAAGCUGUGAAGCUUCUUGGAGAGAUGAAAGAAAAGGGAAUUGUUCCUGAUGUUGUUACGUAUAAUACACUGGCGAAGGGGUAUUCAAAGGAAGGGAGGAUUGAAGAUGCCCUCCAACUGUUUGAUGAAAUGUCUCAAAGAGGUGUAGAUUUAGAUCAAAUAACUUACACUACUUUAAUUCAUGGGUGGAACCAGAAAUCAACCAAAAAUCAAGAAUGAUAAAAUGGUUAUUUCCUUUAUAGCUGCAGUGUAAGAUCUUGAGAUUACUCCAAAGAACAAACAAGGGAUGCUGCAAAGUCUAUCUCAAGAAGAUUGAGCUUCCAAAUGAUUAUCAUAUCAGGAGACAUGAUAGUGAUUGGUUAAUGCCAAUACUAUUGCUUUUUCAGGCUUGUGGAAUUUGGAGAGAGGAUUAAAUUUCAUGGAUGGAGGUGUUUCUGUUUGCCUUGAAGAAUCAGAAACCAUCUCACUCGCAUACUUGCUGGAUUGGAAUUGACUUUGCUUCCUUCUGUACAUUCAACCUAGUUUGUGCAUAAAUAUAGAUUUAUUUAGACAAAAUUGCAAAAUUGGUCGCAUUUUUUUUUUUUGGAUUUUGGUCCAACCCCGAUUUUUUUUUGGAUUGGUGGUUCUUUUGAGCUAGUUUGGUUGCGUAUUUGGUCCCUCCGAAUAUUGAAAUGGCUGCAAUACCCUUGGUGUAUUUAUUUUUCAUUUUUUUUUUCUUAACAAUCUAAUACCUAUUUAUUUAUUUUAAUAAUCAAAAAAUGAAAAAGGGUCUC